AAUUCCAGAAAUGAAAAAAAAUCUUGUUUCAGUUACAGUCCAGUUCGAUAUUCAAGCAAAAAUUAUUGCCUCAUUUCACCCUGUUUCAAAUAAUUGUGGCUGUAAUUUUCAUGUAUAAAAGGAAAGCUGAGCAGCUUCAAGUUUUCCAAAUUCAAAUUACUCAAUUCGAAAACUAUUGUUGAAUCCAUAUGGAGUUGUCGGAGUACAGAAAAAUUGUAUUCCAUCGAAUCAGUAAAAUAGAUCCAGAGAAUGUUGAGAACAUCAUUUGUUUUUUGCUUCUUCAUGAUCAUUAUGAUCAAGAAAUGGCUCGCUUAGCACUAGCCCCUGACCAUGAUAUCCAACAAGUGGUUCAUCUAGUCAAGACUCAGCUGCAUCUAUUAGCUUUAAGAUCGAUGCCCGCCCCGGUAUCGUCCCCGCCCCCAUCCCCGUCCUCGGGAGCUUUUGUUCCUUUUGCCAUGAGAGACAGUCGCACAUCACUAUACCCUGAUUCUAUGUAUGAACUACAAAAGCCAGCUCACUUCUUUUGUUUAGACGAUCAUAUCGAACCGCCGAACGGUCUUUCGAGCUAUGAUUGUAGCUAUGUUGAGAAUGCUGCAAUGGUUAACAAAUUUAGUUCGAGGACUGCUCGACAUCACUCGACCGUGGUCGAGUAUCAGCCGAGGAUAUGUCACUAUUACAGCAAAGGAAAUUGCAAGCAUGGUAAUAGUUGUAGGUAUCUCCAUAGCAACCAAAUGCCUGGGAGCUUUUCUCAGAUGUAUAAUGUCAAUGAUGAUCAUGUUUUUCGGCCCGGUUCGCUCGAGCGGUUGGAGUUUGAAAUCGUUGAACUUCUUAGAUCGAGACGAGGCAGUCCUAUUUCAAUUGCUUCACUGCCAAUGAUUUACUAUGAAAAGUAUGGUAAGGUUCUUCAAGCAGAAGGAUACUUGACUGAGAGUCAGAGGCAUGGUAAAUCGGGUUUUAGCUUAACGAAACUCCUCACUCGUUUGAAAAGCAGCAUUCAGGUGAUCGACAGGCCUCAUGGGCAACAUUCUGUCAUUUUAGCAGAAGACGCUUUGAAAUUCAUCGACCAUCGGAAGGACAAGAACGACACGAGUCCGAACGUUAGCAGCGCACGACAGAUAUAUAUGACAUUUCCAGCUGAUAGCAGCUUCACUGAAGAUGACGUUUCUGAUUACUUCAGUAUCCACUAUGGACUAGUUGAAGAUGUAAGAAUCCCUUGUCAACAAAGAAGGAUGUUCGGGUUCGUGACGUUUCACAGCGUCGAGACAGUGAAACUAAUCUUGUCCGAGGACAGCGAGCAUUUAAUUUGCGGGGCUCGAGUUCUCGUGAAACCUUAUAGGGAAAAGUCCAAGCUGUUGGAAAGGAAGAACCAAGAUAGGAUUGAACAACAGCAACAGCAAGCUUAUUUUUCUUCACACUAUAACAGCCUCGAACCCGAGCAGCUUCACUCGAAUUAUGAUUCUGCCUCCACAAUGCUGAGGCUAAGAAUCGAAGAACAACAACGACAACAAGAACAACACGCACUCGAAGUCGAACGGAGCUUUACGGAGAUGACGUUAAUGCCGAAAUCUGCUACGAAUUGUUCGUACUUUAGCUAUCAGAUGAAAGAACUAAGACUUCCAGUUCCAGAAGAGAGUUUUGAUCGUAUGAUGAAUAUUAUGAAAAGUUUCUCCGGCCCGGGAUCUGGCUCUAGUUCGGGGUGUAGCUCGAUAGUCGAUGAACAAAAACCACCCCGAAACACGGCGGCUUGGAAUCACCCCGAGCUGAACCUCGACGACAGCGAAGGAUACAAUCUACCAGACAGCCCAUUUGAGUCUGGAACAGGAAACAACAACACAUAGGAACAUCAGUAAGUGACAGUGACACAAACAUAGGAUUGCCAAAUCAGCUCAUAAUAAUAAAAUGUAAUGCACUAAUUUUAGUACGGAGAUUCUAAGGUUUUAAUUUUUUAAAAAUAAUUUUAGUUAUAGAAGGAGAGAGGAGAGAAAUAGGAACAUAGAAUGUUGUGGUUUUUAAGGAUUCAAGGAACCACAGAACAUCAAUCUUCUCAAAGAUUGUGAAAUGUCGUUGGAAUCUUCAUGCAAUGAAUAAUAAAACUCUA